AUUUUACAUCGCAUUUCCUCACUAGAUGGUGUGCAAGCCACUGGAGAGAACACUUCCCCGCACAGUGGGCUCUACAUCCAGCAAAACAAACCUGGGAAAAUAUACCGCGGACCAUUUCUUUACGGGACUCCGAGGAGGAAAAGUGUGGAAAUAAAGCGUCGUUCGCGUCAAGGCUUUCUUUUUUAAGCUAACGUUAACUCCUCGCUUUUUUGCAACAAGAAGACUUGGGAAAGCGGCAACAAAAUACAGCUGUGAUGGACAUAAUGAUUGCUGUGCAGGAUGCUUGUGUCUCUGGUCAGUGGCUUACUGCGAUAAUUCUCAGCCUGUGCUGCUUUCUGCCGUCCUGUUUGCCCGCUGGACAAACUGUGGACUAUUCCUCGGUUGAAAGUGUGGUCAGCAGACAAGGCGACACGGCUCUACUGAGGUGCUACCUAUUGGAUGGGAUCUCUAAAGGAGCCUGGCUGAACCGCUCAAGCAUCAUAUUCGCAGGGAACGACAGGUGGUCUGCGGACCCACGCGUGUCCAUCGUGUCCAGCGUUGGAGACAAACAUGAGUACAGCCUUCAGAUACAGAAAGUGGAUGUAUCUGACGACGGUCAGUACACAUGCUCCAUUCAGAGUGAGCGCAACCCACGGCCAAAGCUCCUCAACCUAAUUGUAAAAGUUCCUCCCAAGAUAUAUGACAUUUCCUCUGACAUCACGGUAAACGAGGGCAGCAAUGUGUCGCUCAUCUGCACAGCCAGUGGGAAACCCGAACCAAGCAUUUCCUGGAGACAUAUUACCCCAUUAGCCAGGAAGUAUGACAGUGGUGAAUAUCUUAACAUAACCGGCAUCACAAGGGACCAGGCUGGAGACUACGAAUGCAGCGCUUUAAAUGACAUCGCCUCUCCUGACACCAAAGCAGUAAAAGUCACAGUCAACUUUGCCCCAUCUAUCCAUGAGAUGAAAAGCCAUGGAGUUGGUCUGGGACGCAAUGCUCUGCUAAGGUGCGAAGCAGCUGCUGUGCCCUCUCCGACAUUCGAGUGGUACAAAGGUGAAAAAAGGAUUAUCAAGGGUCAAGGCAUCGAAAUCAAGAACCUCAGCUCCAGAUCAGUCCUUACAGUGACCAACAUGACAGAGGAUCGUUACGGGAACUACACAUGCGUCGCCUCCAACAAGCUAGGGACGGCUAAUGCCAGUGUGCCUCUCAUUCCAAUUAUUGAACCCACCACCACUAGUGCUGUCUCAAGCCCAGCGCCCAACACUGCACCCUAUGGGAGCACAGGAAGUGCGCACGUCCCGCUGGCCUGCCGAUACCUGGUCCUGGCUCUCUCCUCCUUCAUCAGCGUGUACUAGCAGAGGCCAGGCUAGACACAAUGACUGUCAAGAGCAUUUAUGAAUCAUUUUUGACAUUGCUGAAGGCUGGAAUCCAAUCUGGUACAGUUUGUUGAAAAGCCGUGAUGGGGAAAAUAAUCAGCGAUACUUUGUGUGGGGAAAUUUUCUUUUCUUUUUUUUUCUUUGCUUUUUGGUGAAAUUUCUGCCAUGUAAAUACUAUGAUGUUUAUUAUUAUUAUUAUUAUUAUUAUUAUUAUUAUUAUUAUUUUCUCUCUUCUUUUCUGAUUGAUUGACCACCUUGUUGUGAAUCAGUGCUCACCCCCCUCCCCACCCCACCUCCAAUCACAUCAAGCCCCCAAACUUCCCAAAUGAGUUACUUUCAUGCCUCUUCCUCUUCUUUUUGAGGCGAUGGCGCAAAAUGGCCAUUUUUUACAUGGCCAAAUUGGCCAUGGCUAAAAUGGCUAAGCAAUUGUGCCAAGUCUCUCAGUACACAGAAUUACCAUACCAAUGUUGUAUUGAAUGUAUUAUGGGUUGUUGAACAAAGGAAAGACAUUUAGAUUCCUAACAAUACAAAUUCUGAUUGAGUGUGUGCAAAAAAUACAGAAAAUAUCGGGGGGGGGGAAUCAAAAGAAGAAAAAAGUCAUGGCUUUUUCAGGACCUGUAUUGUCAUGAUGACUCAAUAGAUGGAUGGACAGUGUUAAAGGUGUGCUUUGUUGUAUUCUGAAAUGGGUCCUUCAGUUACUAUGCCUGACAGAUUUGAUCAGGCAGCCGUCAAAGUAGCAAAGUAUACUGUAUUGUAUCUUGAUAUUUUAACAUAGUGUAUGCUUUUGUUUUAAAGUGGGACCAGCUUUUCUCAUUCGACCAAGAACAUUAACACAGUUCAUGACUUUGUACAGUAUGAAGGGAGGAACAUCGCUGCCCUACGUUUACAUUUUUCUUGAAAAUAUAAACACUACAGUAUAUACUCCAUACUUUUUUGAGUCUGCAUACGUGAAUGUCACAACUAACUGUUGCAGUUGAGAAGAAAAAUCAGAGUCCAAUUUCAACUGUUGUAAGCUUUUCUUCUAAAGAUGCAGUUCUUUGAAACAUGCCACCUCCAGUGGGCAUCUGAGCAGAGCGUUGUGCCUCAGAAUUUGUUGUGUACCUACUGAUCAUCGACUGGCUGAAAACCCACAGCUGCACACUGUAGGUCGCUAGAAGUUUCUGGCUUCAGCAUUUCUCUGGAAAAGCAACAUUCUGCAGCAUGGUAUUUUAUUCCUCUGUUUUUCGUUACAGAUCAUUAAAUACUUAAAUAUAUCACCGUCUCUUCUACAGUAAAUAUAUCUACAUUAUUGCACCAAUUUACAAAUAAAGAACAUCCAGAGAGCCAAAGGUCAUGUACCCUAAGAUUUCUGGCGAAUACACCAACAUAUAUCAUCCAAAAAAAAAGUACAAUAGAGAAACCUGCUCUGCCUCCAAUCUGAGUCCUUCUUGUGUUAAUUAUGAUUAACAGAACACAAACUAAAGCUUAUGAGCAUGCUCAUCACUACAAGCAUGGCCUAAGGUGCUAACAGCUCCUCCAAGAUGAGAGUCCAUUUUAUUCAAACAGCUGAUCAGUGUCCACAGGGCCAGUGAAUGUCCAGCAGAGAAUCAAUUAAACCAUGAGGUCGUUUAAUAGAAGAAAAUGUGGCUUUUUAGUUCACUGAAAUCAACCAUAUCAAGGCUCAAAAACAAUGUAAUCGUAAGGGUUUACUUUUUAACAAGACAGUCAUGGCAUAUUCAUCCUCAAGUAUCUUCAAUUCAUGGUGUAAACAGAAAUACUGUACUGUAAUGCCUUAAUAGUACCAUAGACAUUAAAUUAACCUCCUUUAGAAGGACACUUCCAGAAGCUCUCAUUAAGAUACAACUCAUUUGUUUGACACAUUACUGCUUAGUGAAUGUUCAUAAACCAGUAGCUGACUUAUCUUUCUAAUUUGGCAUUAUAUUCAAUUCAAUUAAACUUCUCAACUUCUCAUGCAGGUAUUUUCAAAUAAGCCAGUUGCAUCUGAUAGAAAUGCAGUAUUUGUCAUACAGGUUGACAUGUUUGCAGGUCUUGUUUGGAUUUGGAUUGUGUUAUUUUUUUGCCUCGCGAUCGAGGGACUAACAGUUCACGCAGUAUUUUCACAUGAACUUGUAACUGCAAACCUAUAGAGAAAUAGCCAUCGCAGUUAAAAGACUUAAAGCACAAACACUGUUAUUACUUUUAUGUUUCGUGGUGAUUUGUUUUAAGGUCUGCUAAACAUUUUUUUUAUUUUGUUUGUACUGAAAUUGUUAUCAGCUUGUUUUACAAAUUAUGAAAAUACUGCACCAUAUGAUCUUGUUUAAAUGUUAAGGUAUAAUGAAAAUGGGUCAGAACUAUAUUUAUUCUCUUCCUUUAUGAAAACAAUGUAUAAAAAAUUACAUUUGAAACAUGUAAAACUGGAUAUGUGACAUGUAUUUGAAUGAGGCACAGUAUGGCAUAGUUUAUAAUGUUGUUGGGUUGAUUUAGAUGCCAUAACUGUUGUUGAUUUUCUGUCGGACGAGUACAUUAAAAAAGAACAAUGUUUGCAAUCAAAUUACCUACUUUUUGAAACAGAGAGGGUGUGAACCAAUAUAACAGUAUUAUAGAACAGAAUCAAUGUGUGUAUAUUUGGAGAAAAUAGGAUACCUUUUGAUCUUUAGAGCCAGUGUGUAGUCAUAGUUUUCACACACUUGCGUGUUUGACAAUGUGCAGAGAGUAUGGUUGUGCUGCAUGUCAAAGUUAACCUGUGUUUUUGAGGUGGCCAUUUUACAGAUAUUCAUACUUUUUAUGAAUGGAACCAGUUUUUUCCAAAACACAUUUGGUUCUUAAAUCUGGUCUAAAAAUACAUACCUCCUACGGACCAGCCGGCUAUGUUUGUUUGUGAUUUAUUUGAAUCAACUUUUGCUGAUAAACUAAAACAACUGCUA